AGAGUGCAGGUUAGAUCAGUGUAUGUGUUGGGUGUGGGGGGCGAUAGCCUGGUAGUCCAAUCCUAGGCAGAUCCCCAUUUUUGAAGAGUUUGCAACAAAAGACAGACUGUCUGCAAGCAGGAGGAUCACCUGAGCAGGAAGAGGUAACAAUGGAUCAUCCAAGGUGCCAAAUAUCCUGCCAGCCUGUUGAGGGCACCAAGAUGCCAGGAGAGAUGGACAAGCCACUGCUCAGCCAUCGUUUAGUGGAGAGUGAUGGCAGCCUUGCUGAUGCCACCAGUGAGGUCCCCAAAGUGGGCAUCCUGGGUAGUGGAGACUUUGCUCGCUCCCUGGCCACACGCCUGGUGGGAUCGGGCUUCAGCGUGAUAGUGGGGAGCCGCAACCCCAAACGCAUGGCAGGGCUGUUCCCUUCUGCAGUACAAGUGACGGUCCAGGAGGAGGCGGUGGGCCCUGCCGAGGUCAUCUUUGUGGCCGUAUACCGCGAGCACUACUCCUCACUCUGUGUCCUCAGCGACCAGCUUGCUGGCAAGAUCCUGGUGGAUGUGAGCAACCCCACAGAGCAGGAGCAUCUUCAGCACCACCAGUCCAAUGCCGAGUACCUGGCCUCACUCUUCCCUGCCUGCACUGUGGUCAAGGCCUUAAAUGUCAUCUCUGCUUGGACCCUGCAGUCUGGCCAACGGGAUAGGAACAGGCAGGUACCCAUCUGCAGUGACCAUCCAGAAGCCAAGCACAAGGUCUCUUCCAUGGUACACACCAUGGGCUUCAUGCCCAUGGACAUGGGGUCUCUGAUCUCUGCCCGGGAGGUAGAAGCCAUGCCUCUUCGCCUUCUCCCAAACUGGAAGGUUCCCACUCUCUUGGCCCUGGGGCUCUUCGUCUUCUUCUAUGCCUACAACUUCAUCCGGGAUGUGCUGAAUCCCUAUGUGCUGGAGAACAAGAGCAAGUUCUACAAGCUCCCUAUGUCUGUGAUGAACACCACACUGCCGUGUGUGGCCUAUGUGCUGCUGUCUCUGGUCUACCUUCCCGGUGUGCUGGCAGCUGCCCUGCAGUUGAAGCGUGGCACCAAGUACAGCCGCUUCCCGGACUGGCUGGACCACUGGCUACAGCAUCGCAAGCAGAUCGGCCUGCUUAGCUUCUUCUGUGCCUCUCUGCAUGCUGUCUACAGCUUCUGUCUGCCACUGCGCCGUGCCCACCGCUAUGAUCUGAUCAACAUGGCUGUCAAGCAGGUUCUGACCAACAAGAGUAACCUGUGGAAUGAGGAGGAAGUUUGGAGGAUGGAGAUCUACCUGUCACUGGGGAUACUGGCCCUUGGCAUGCUGUCCCUGCUGGCUGUGACCUCGCUGCCGUCCAUCGCAAAUUUGCUCAACUGGAGGGAGUUCAGCUUCGUGCAGUCCAACCUGGGCUUCGUGGCCCUGCUGCUAAGCACCCUGCACACGCUCACCUAUGGCUGGACACGCGCCUUCGAGGAGAGCCGCUACAAAUUCUACCUGCCUCCCACCUUCACGCUCACGCUGCUGGUGCCCUGCGUGGUCAUCGUGACAAAAGGCCUCUUCCUCUUACCCUGCUUGAGCCGCAGACUUUCCAAGAUCCGAAGGGGCUGGGAGAAGGAUGGAGCCCUGCACCUCACACUGCCCAAGAACCAUUCGCUGGCCCAGAAGACAAGCCACGUGUGAGUGCCUGAACCCUGCUCUGGAAAGCAAACCUGGAGGCACAGUGCCUGGAGCGUUCUAGGGCAUCUUUACCUGAUCAGGCAGUCAAAGUGACUCAGCUCAGAUU